AUGACAGUGACCUAUUCUCGCAGGGUGGCAGAUGCAGGCCUCGGCACUUUUUUCCACUUGCUCCUGCGCUGGAAGGGCAGCAUCUAUAAGCUCCUCUACAGGGAGCUCAUCAUCUUCACUCUGCUAUACUACUUCUUCAGCGUUGUUUAUAGGUUUGUCUUAAAUGUUGAGCAGAAGAGGCUGUUUGAGAAGCUCUCUAUGUACUGUGACCGCUAUGCAGAGCUCAUCCCAGUGUCCUUUGUUCUAGGUUUCUAUGUGACCUUAGUAGUAUCUCGCUGGUGGGGUCAGUUUGAACACAUCCCUUGGCCUGACCGCCUGGCAUCACUCGUGGGAGGUCACGUCCGCGGAGUGGAUGAGGCCGCCAGGUUGACCCGCCGCACUCUGAUGCGUUACGCCAAUCUUUCUGGCGUUCUCAUCUACCGCUCCGUCAGCACAGCUGUCUACAAAAGGUUUCCAACCAUGGAGCACCUGGUACAGGCAGGUUUGAUGACAUCAGAGGAACUGAAGCAUCUGGAAGACUUACCAUCACCUCAUAACAAGUUCUGGGUUCCUUGCAUGUGGUUUGUCAGCCUGGCUUUACGGGCCCGGACAGAGGGUCGCAUCAACAACGACGUUGCUCUCACCGCCAUUCUCACUGAGUUAAACAGUUUACGUGCAAAGUGCAUGAAGUUGUAUGGUUACGACUGGAUUAGCCUGCCACUCGUGUACACUCAGGUAGCAACAGUGGCUGUCUACAGCUUCUUCCUGGCUUGUCUGAUUGGUCGUCAGUUCUUGGACCCAGCCCAAAGCUACCCAGGUCACGACCUGGACUUCUAUCUUCCCGUCUUCACACUGCUGCAAUUUUUCUUUUACGUUGGCUGGCUGAAGGUGGCUGAGCAACUCAUCAAUCCUUUUGGCGAAGAUGACGACGACUUUGAGACAAACUGGCUUGUCGAUCGCAAUUUACAGGUAUCUUUGUUGUCUGUGGACGAGAUGUACGAUAGCCUCCCUCUGCUUGAGAAGGACAUGUACUGGAAUGAGUCGGAACCUCGCCCACCCUACACAACUGCCAGCGCUGAUCACUGCAAACCUUCAUUCAUGGGCUCUGCUCUGGAUAUCAGUGUUCCAAAAGAAGAGAUGGAGUUUCAGUCCAAUUUGGAACAGAUUAAAGAAAACGAGGAAGCCAACUACUCCACCCCACUUUUGGGUGGUCUGGGCCGCUUUCUGGGUGUCCAGUCCCCCAGCUUCCCUCGCUCUUCUCGGGUCUCUCUGCUACGCCGCCGCCCUGGCGCCCCACUGAGUCGCUUCCCCCUUUACUUACACCCGGAGGCUCAGUCAGUCACCCACCAAGGCCGACAGCCUUCAAACUCAGAGCGAGAUCAGGAUUAUGCCUUCUCCAGCCUUCCCUUGUAUGAGAGACCAGGCUUCUACAGUUGCCCCCAAACCCCCAUACACUGCGUGCCCCCUGCGGUGGCCCGACCCCGACCCGCCCGCAGGCCUCAGAACGAAUGGGAUCGCAGCUGCAGCUCCCUCGCUCCUCCGACAGUUGGGUCACAGUUGCUGCCCCCUGACACCCCUAAUAACAUUCCGCCACCGCCAUCAUCAGCUUUCCCCUGGCUGAGCGAGGAGGGCGAGGCACCCACCGCCCCAGCGUUCUCCUUCCCCGACCCGCCGCCAGAGCUUUGUCCUAUAUCAAAACUCAGGCGUGGGCAUGGCCUGCUGUCUCGCCGACCCCCGCCUCCGUGCUUAACGUUGGACCCAUUGCCGUCAGCCGACAGCCAAGCGGGACCCCCGAGUGCUAGAACGGCAGGAAGCGCAGGAGAAAGGGUGUUCUCGUUCACCCCGCCCUCUCGUCAUGGGCCGGCAAAUCCAAAUAAUUCUAAUAGUAGCUCCGGCAGCAUUAACGUGACAAGCAGCAACGGUGCUGGCACGGCAGGAAGUCUUCACAACUGCGCCAAUCUUAGCAACUUCGGUAACUUUGCCGCCAACGUGAAGGCGAGCAAUGGCGGGCUUAAUACGUUGACCACUUCAGGUUCGAUACCUUCGCAGCAAGAAGCCAAUCAGCAAAAUUCUCCCAAUGAUUCUGGGAUCUCGUUGGCUGAAGGGGACCUGCUGGGCGUGCUGGUAGAUGGUGGCGGAAACAAAGCAACUGUGAGUAGGAAGGACUGA